AAUUGAUAAGAGCUUUGCAUUUUAAUAUUUAUCGCAAAAUGCGGCGCACGUUUGCCAUUUGCCGAACUGGUUUUAGUGGAUUAAGGUAUGCAAAAACGUUCAAAACGCAUGCUGUAACUUAUAGUCUGCCGACAGCGCGUCAUGCGUCAUCGGCCUGCUGGAAUUGCCAAAAGCUGGGCAAGCACAUGAUAUGCGCGGAAUGCGGCUGCCUUCAGGAUGUGGAUAAUAGCACGAACUACUUUACGUUGCUGAAUUUUCCCGUCAAGUUUUCGCUGCAAGCACCGGAACUGACGCAGCGCUUCCGGCAGCUGCAGGCGCAAGUGCAUCCCGAUAAAUAUAGCAACAAGACCGUGCGCGAGCAAACCAACUCCGCGGACUGGAGCUCGCUGGUCAACAAGGCGUACAAAACGUUGUCGGUGCCAUUGGAGCGCGGCCAGUAUAUGCUGCAGCUGGAGGGCGAGCAGAUGCCGCAGGACAAUAGCGCGCUGAACGCCACUUUUCUGAUGGCCAUGAUGGAGCGCAAUGAGGAGGUGGAGGAGGCGGCAGACAGCGAUGCGCUGGACAAGUUAAGUGCACAGUUGAGCCAGGAGCAGGAGGCAAAGGCACAAAAACUGACGGCACAAUUCGAGGCAAACGAUUUGGCGGCGGUUAAACAAACGCUUGUCGAAAUGAAAUAUUUGCAGAGCAUACAGAGCAGCAUUAAAAAGAAACAACAACAGCUGAUGUCCAGCUGAGCAUAAAAUAUGCAAAUCGAUUAGUCGAUCGCUCAAUCGAUAGGCACACAAAACAGGAGCAAGAAGAAGCAGCAGCAAAGCAAAAGGUGGCCACUGGCCACGGCGGGCCUCAAAACUCAACCAGCUGGCAUCACCGGCAAAGACCUUCAUAUUUUACUUUUCUUUUUUUUUUCUAAAACCAACGAUCGAUUCAAGCGAAAAAAUGUAAUGUGAUUAAAGUUGGCAUGUGAUUGCACCUGCCGAUACGGUUGCUGCUUAA